AGCAUUCUCAUCCAUACCGAAGUGGCUAUGCAAAAUCACAUUCCCAUGAAUUGUCAACUAUUCCUAUGUGAAGGUUUGUAGAAAGCGGUUUAUACCUAUCUAACAGGAAACAGCCGAGGGAUAGAAAGGCCCGUUUAUGCUGGUUUGCCGUGCUUCAUAGGGCAUUUAUCUAGCAAGACGGCAUGAAUAAAGCCUAGAGCAUAGCGAUCAUUAUCUAAUGCGCUAAAGCACGCCCAGACGAACUUAUCUCUUUCCUACCCCACCAUUGCUUGAAGUCCCGGCCCAGUGCAUCUGAGGGGAAAAAAAACCAUAGGCCAGUGAGACGAAUGGAUAACAUAGUUGACUUAAGAUCAUUCGUCAGCCAGAAGUGUAACUAUUCAAACGAUAUUGUAUUGUCACAUGUUGCAGUGAGAACCUUGGAAGGGACACGACAUCGUCCAAAGACCAGUCAUGUCGACCGUUAUUCUUGGAGGGGGCAUCAUUGGCACCUCCAUUGCUUACUACCUGUCUGCCAAUCAACCUGAAGGCGAAAUCCACAUCGUCGAGCAAUCCCCAGAGCUUUUCUCAGCAGCUUCGGGAUAUGCUGCAGGCUUCUUAGCCAGAGACUGGUUUGUGCCAUCUCUUGCACCUCUCGGUGCUUUAUCAUUUGACCUGCACAAGGAGCUUGCCGCUGGAAAUGAUGGACAAAAGAACUGGGGAUUCAUGAACGGGACGGCUUUCAAUUUGGAUGCUGUUUCUCGCCAGAGACAGGGUGCGCCACCUGGCGAUGACUGGCUACAAACAGAGACGAGCCGAGCGGAGACUGCGGCAGGUUCUGAUGAUCCUGCCCCCGUUGAGUGGCCGGAGUGGUUGACGAGGAGGAAAGAAGGUAUGAUAGAGAGGAUCAGCCAAGAGGGAACUGUGGCUCAAGUUGAUCCAUUGAGAUUGAGCCGCUAUCUGAUGGAUGGUGCAAUAUCUCGAGGGGCGAAGCUUCAUCACCCUGCCCAGGCAGCCGCACUUGUCAAAGAAGCGGAUGGCACAAUCACCGGCGUUAGUAUUGUGUCGCGAGAUUCGAAGAAAAAGUCAACAAUCCCAUGUACGACCCUUGUUCUGAGUAUGGGGCCUUGGACGCCACAGGUUCUCAAAGAUCUAUUCCCAUCCUCCACUAUAUCAUUAGAUAUCUCACCUCUGGCUGGCUAUUCACUUGUUGUUCGCUCCCCUCGGUAUACGUUGGAACACCAGAGGAAUGUCCACCGAGGACAAAGCCAUGCUGUCUUUACGACACUCCCUUCAUCGUAUGGGUUCAGCCCCGAGAUCUUCCUCAGGGAAGGUGGUGAGAUUUAUAUCGCCGGUCUCAACCCCACCAUCAAGCUUCCCUCUCGGGCAGAAGAUAUUAACCGGCAUUUUGAUCCCCGCGAGAUGCAGAAACUCAAGGAUGUUGCCGUCCGUUUGUUGGGUGGUCUUGCUAAAGAUACAGAAGAGGCAGCCGACGAGACGACCAACCUCGACGACCUAGAGACACUUCGAGAAGGGCUUUGCUUCAGACCUGUGGGCAGUACUGGUGUUCCCACAAUCGGCAAAAUCGAAAAUCUUUCCUUGGGAGGAGGAACGAGGGCAAGUCCCAGAGGAGGCGUGUUCAUAGCCGCUGGCCAUGGACCGUGGGGAAUAUCAUUAAGUCUUGGGACGGGCAAGAUUAUAUCUGAGAUGAUAAAGAAGCAGAAAACCUCAGUUGAUGUGACAGGACUCGCAGUCACGGGAAAAGGCUCAAUUUCUCCGUUGUGAUAUAUACAGCACUGCUUGAAACCUCUCAUGAUUUGGGACUGAUUUGCUUCUCAUAGAUAGUGGUCCCUCAUUGAAUGAAAUGAGUUAGUGAUGGAUAAUAGAAUAAAGCCUUGAUAUUGAAG